GUCAGGGGACGGACGUGGGCGCGGGCCGGACCAUGCUCCGCCGGCUGCUGCGGCCCGGCCUCUGCCGGCGGGGACUGCGCACGCGCCAAGGAGGGAAGCAAUCCGGCUGGGAUGAGAAGGUGGCGGACUUCAAGAGCAAGCUGUGGGCCCUCCUGCCCGGGGAGUCCUGGCAGCCCCUGUACAACACGGACCACCUGCCCCCCAAGCACUCGGACGUGAUCAUCGUGGGGGGCGGGGUGAUCGGCUGGUCCGUCGCCUACUGGCUGAAGCGGCUGGAGAGCCGGCGGGACGGCGUGCGGGUGUUGGUGGUGGAGCGGGACCCCACGUACAGUCGAGCCUCCUCCGUGCUGUCGGUGGGUGGGAUCCGCCAGCAGUUCUCGCUGCCUCAGAACAUCCAGAUGUCGCUCUUCUCCAUCAACUUCCUGCAUCACAUCAAUGAGUACCUGGACCACCCCGGGGAGCUGCCCAUCGACCUCCAGUUCAACCCAUCAGGUUACCUUCUGCUGGCCUCAGAGGAGAGCGCCACGCUCAUGGAGAACAACGUGCGAGUGCAGAGGCAAGAAGGAGCCCAGGUGAGACUGCUGUCCCCGGAGCAGCUACGGAAGAAGUUUCCCUGGCUGAACACAGAAGGGGUGGCCCUGGCAUCCUACGGACUGGAGAACGAAGGCUGGUUUGACCCGUGGAGCCUGCUGCAGGGGCUGCGUCGCCAGGCCUUGGCCAUGGGAGUUUUCCACUGCCACGGAGAGGUCACAGAAAUGAUCAGCUCCUCCCACACCAUGAUUAACGCCAGCGGCGAACCCGUGACCUUUAAGAGGAUUUACAACGUCCACGUGAAGAAGGACAACAGCCUAGAGUACCAGCCGGUGGAGUGUGCUAUAGUCAUCAACGCCGCAGGUGCCUGGUCUGGGCAAGUGGCAGAGCUGGCUGGCAUCGGGCGGGGCCCACCAGGCACCCUGCAGGGCACCAAGCUGCCCGUGGAGCCCAGGAAAAGAUAUGUGUACGUGUGGCAAAGCCCCCAGGGCCCCGGCUUGGAGACCCCGCUCGUCGCGGACACCAGCGGCGCCUACUUCCGCCGUGAGGGGCUGGGCAAUGUCUACCUAGGAGGCUGCAGCCCCCGCGAGGAGGAAGAGCCGGACAUCGGAGACUUGGAGGUGGAUCACGACUUCUUCCAGAACAGGGUGUGGCCUCACCUGGCCAAGAGGGUCCCGGCUUUCGAGUCCCUGCAGGUGAAGAGCGCGUGGGCCGGCUACUACGACUACAACACCUACGACCAGAACGGCGUGGUGGGCUACCACCCCCUGGUCACCAACAUGAUCUUGGCCACCGGCUUCAGCGGGCACGGGCUCCAGCAGGCCCCCGCCGUGGGCCGGGCCGUGGCCGAGCUGGUGCUGAAAGGGGAGUUCGUCUCCAUCGACCUGAGCCCCUUCUCCUUCCAGCGCUUCUUCCUGCAGGAGCCCAUCCUAGAGCAGAACAUCAUCUGAGCCGGCGGGCGGCCCCCCGGCUGGGGACCACACCCCCGCCCGGGCCCCCGGGUCUUCCCUCCCCUGUAGGUCCAGCCGGACCCCCGGGGCUUGCCUUCUGGGUGUCCCUUCCUUCUCGGGGCCCAGCGGAGGCCACGGGCCCUGACGCGGUGGGACGGAAAGACGAGCGCUCCGUCGGUCAGCCCCGUGUCUGCCCUGACCCUUUCCCAUCCCGGCACGGGACGGUGCCUCUCUGCCGCCGAGUCCGGGCCCAGGGCCCUGUGCUCAGCGUUUUCCAGUCUCCUCCUGGCCCUCCAUGGGAGGGGCUGCCCCUCAGCCUUGGCCCGAGCCCCUCCUGGAACAGGUCGGCGGGAUGCUCGCCAGUGCCGGCCACGGGUCCGUGGCCGGGCCUGACAACUUGUCGGGUCACGCUUCGCUGUGCGGUCCCCCAAUAAAGCCGGUUCACCCGCUCCACGGAGCCCAGGCCCUGCCA